GGGGGUUGAGGGGCCUUCCCCGUCCAGAGAGGAUUGGGGACCAAAGCCCCCGCGCAGGCCCCCUCUCGGCUCUCGGGUGUGUUGAGGAAGACCCCCUGGGCCAGAGCGCGUCCUGUCCCCGAGGCCGGGUAGGAGAACCGUGGGCCCUUCAUGAAACAGGCCCAGACUGCACAGGGGUCGCGACCAGAGAGGGACGGGAGAGCUGUUGAAGAGGGCGGAGUAGACGGAGGGGUUGGACUCUCCAGAGUUCAUUUAUUUAUGUCCACGUUCUGUCUUUUUUUCUUUUUAUAUUCACGUUCUGUCUUGCCCAAGGCGAUGGUUGUCCUUUCUAUUUUAUCCUCUCAACAGCCCUGUGAGGUGGCUUAUGCUGAGAGGCAGUGGCUGACCCAAAGCCACCCAGUAAUCUGCAUGAUUGAGUGGGGAGCUGAAUCUGGAUCGCCUGAUCCUAAGUCCCGGACUCUAACCACUUUGCCGCACUGGUUCUCUUUUCUGUCCGUCCCCCACUUUUAAAGAACUCAGAGUAGCUUCUGUGAUCCUUCCCACUUUUUAUUCUUAGAACAGCCCCGUGAAGUAGUUUAAGCUGAGAGUUAGUGACUGUCCAAAGUGACCCAGUGAGCUUCAUGGUUAAGUGGGGACUAGAACCAGGACCUCUUGAGACCUGGUCCAACACCUGGUCCACACUGGCUUUCAAAAGAAGCCAGAAAAAGAGAAAAGAGGUUUUUAUGUACUUUAGCAGAAAAAGGUUGGUGUGCAAACACACCUUAAAGGGAGUUGCUAGUGCAGAGGACUCCUCCUGAUUAGGAAAUUUUCUAUUGGUGUGCAUAAUAACAAACUUGAUCUGCGUAAUGUCAGCUGGUUUAUAUAGGGUUCUUCUUCCAGCUAAUAUAGAUUGGAAAUGUAAGGCUGGGAUUCGUGAUUUUUCUAUACUAAUGAUUCAUGCCUAGGCAUGAUGGGUAAAGAUUUCAUAUCUAGUCCUGAAUGAGGUUGAACUCUUUUUCUGAUGUUUCUAGGAAACAAAUGUACCUCAGUGGAGGGGCAAAUGCAUUGCAUGCAGAAAGUCCCAUGUUCAGUGCAAGCUGGUAGAACAGAGCUACCGCUGCAAAGCUACUUUAAGGCAACAUAGACCAGCCUUUUCCACCCUGGUGCCCCCCGAUUCAGGCACUUUGGUUUCAACUCUUAGCAGCCCUGGUCACCAUGGCUAAUGGUCAGAAGUUCUAGUUGUUGUACUUCUAAACACCUGGAGGGCACAUAGUUGGGAAAGGCUGGUAUGUUUAUUUAAUUUGUAAACCACCCCAUCAGUAUAUAAAGAAUACUGAGCUAAUUAGACUAUUCGUAUAAGGCAGCUUUCCAUAUUACUUACUACCUUUGGAAACCGUUGUCCAUAGUAUCAAAUGGAUUUGGAGAUUCCUUUCUUCCAUACAUUCUGUGUUCCAAGAUUGUUAUCUAAUGCAGAGUGAGGUUUGCCACUCCUGCUGAAAAAUGAGGUCCUGAUUACCUUGUUUCCACUAAAGACUGAAAUGAUGGCAUCCCAGCUAAAGACUGGAGCUAAGAAGAGAGAAGAAUAGAAACUUUCAAGAUGAGCAGAAAGCCUCCAAAUCGUCCCGGAAUAACAUUUGAAAUAGGUGCUCGUUUGGAAGCACUGGAUUACCUACAAAAAUGGUAUCCCUCCCGGAUUGAGAAGAUAGACUAUGAGGAGGGGAAGAUGCUUGUCCACUUUGAACGUUGGAGUCAUCGUUACGAUGAGUGGAUUUACUGGGAUAGCAAUCGAUUGCGUCCCCUUGAACGGCCAUCACUGAGAAAAGAGGGUCUAAAAGAUGAUGAUGAAUUCAUUGAUUUUAAACCUGGAGAAGAGGUUCUAGCUCGCUGGACAGACUGUCGAUACUAUCCUGCGAAAAUUGAAGCAAUUAACAAAGAAGGAACCUUCACUGUACAGUUCUAUGAUGGAGUGAUUCGUUGUCUUAAAAGAAUGCACAUCAAAUCUAUGCCAGAAGAUGCCAAAGGGCAGGACUGGAUUGCUUUGGUCAAAGCUGCAGCAGUGGCAGCAGCCAAAAACAAAGCAGGAGUUAAACCACGGACCAGUGUGAACAGCAAUAAAGACAAAGAGGAGAGAAAGUGGUUUAAAGUACCUUCAAAGAAGGAAGAAACAUCAACCUCUACAAUUGUCCAGGAAGUCCAGAAGAAGGAAGAGCAGCCAACAUCCAGUGAGACAUUUGGAUUCCCUUUAGUGGAUGUCCCAAAGAUUGCCUUUGCACAGGCAGAGAAUGCAUUAGCGCACAAGAGAAAAAAUAAUCUAGGCAACUCAUUUCAGGCAAAGAGGGCUCGUCUUAACAAAAUUACCGGGUUGUUGGCAUCCAAAGCUGUCAGCGCUGAUGGUGCUGAAAAGAAGGAAGACAACAAGCAAGCAGCUCCAGUCUUGGAGCAGGUAUGAAAUUGUAGAGUUUGAUUCUUUUGUGAGGGUCCUACUGGAAUGUACCAUGGGAAUUUCAGGUUCAUGAUGUUAACAUUGCCCUAUCAGACAGAAAUGAAUAGGGGCAAAAUAAUUAUUUGUAUGUUUACACCUCUACAUGGAUGGAGUUAAUGAAAGCCAGUCUGUGAUCCUAAGGAUGCAUAAUGUGGAGAUUCAGAAUUAAAUCUGGGCUUGACUUCUGCCAUGUGCGCUUAGGAUCAGAGAGCUUGAUGUUCCAAAACAUGGCUACCUUUAUUUUCGUAAGCAAACAUCCUGAAAAUCAAAAGCUCAGAUGUCUGUCCCCAGGUACCAUUUCAGUGCAGCUGGAAUUGUGCCCACAAGUGGCUUAGAAGACCCUUGACGCAAAUUCAUUUUGUGCGUUCGACACAGGGUUUUUGACAUCUAGCAAAACUUCUUUUGUAAGAAGUUUCCUUUCUUAUUGUAAGAAUUGGUGUUGUAAACUUGUAUGUGUUUUAUGAAACUGUUCAAUGAGCCAUAUCUUUUUUUGCUAGGAUGUAUAUUUUUAAUAAAUAUGAAAAAGGAGACAUUAAAAACUUCUUAGGGGUCUGGUUUGAGUCCAUGUCUGAAGUGGAGACAGCCACAUUCUCUCUUGCUUUGCUUGAUCAGUUGAAUUUUCUCCUGCCUCACAUUUUGUACAUGACCAGGCUAACAACUAAUCAUGGGGCUCAAUUAACUAACCAUGCUAGAAGGCACUGCUUAGGCUACAGUUGGCACAUAGGAAUGGCUUCCAGGAAUGAUCCCAUGUCUGAAAAUGAGCUAAUUAUGGGUGCAUGGGCUUAUGUGUGCUGGGGUUGCACAAGCUCUUCCUAUUCCCUUCCUUUGGUUGUUCUCUCUCAUUCCACUGUUUGAGUGACUGCAAUUUGCUUGCACCAACAGCAACAAUAGUAGAAUUAGUACGCAACGCUGAGUUGCCUGAUGUGGCAUGUGAAUGGCAGCUUGGGCUCCUAAUUCAAGAGUCGGCAUGCUGGUGGAGGGCAGGAGUCUCCAGCCGCUGAGCUUGCUUUCCAACUUGCAGUUCUUUGGGUGCCAUUCCCAAGCAGCAGAAUCAGUGCAGCCCAUUCAGAUGUUCUGGGGCCUGAUGAUCCUCUUUGAAAGACAGACUCAGCUUACCUUUAAUCCAGCUUUAUUGGUGCAGGUAGCACUAUGUUUUCCCAAGAAAUACUCUGGGAACAUGCUGCUACAUAUUUAUGCAAGCAUGCAUGAACUCACAUACUCCACUACCUAUCUGUCUACCUUCUGUGCUUGGACAGAACCCGUGAAUUAAAAGCCAUAAACAUUGCAAGUUUACAGGUUCAUUGCAAGUUGGAUGCAGUGGUUUCCUGUUUUGUUUUAAAGAUUUUGCACUAAACAGGAAGCAAAAACCAAGAAUUAAUUCGUGUAUGCUGCUCAUUUCUGCCAUAUACUUGCAGUGGCCUCCCAAUUGUUCCUUCCCUGCAGUGGAGAUGGCCUUAGGUUGAAGUCAGAGAGUGUGUAGAUGCAGACAGUGGCGUAUACUGGAAUCCCGUCCUUAAACUACAACAUGGCUGUGCCCUCAGCAAAUUUGAGCACUUUUCAGGCAUGAGUGACUCAUGGAAGUGUUUUGGUGUUGGUCAAGUGUUCCCAAAAGUUAGCUAAAGAGAGACCUAUGCCUACUUUUAUUUAUUCAGAUCAGAGCCUUAAUAUAGCUUUUAAUGUGGCUUUUUUUUGGUCUUUAUUGGGUAGCAUUUUUAAAUACUCCUGCCCCUUUUUAAGAAGUGUUUUCUUCUACUGCUUUUUUUCCAAACCAGUCCUUUUUGAAAACGCUUUCACACUGUGUACAUAAUACUGUUGAAGGAACCUAUACAAGCAGCUAAGUUUUUGAUUUCUGUCAUUGACCCUGUGCUGAUUCUGGAAGCACAUUGUUUAUGGUAUGUGGCUUUUAUGUAACACCUGGUUCAGAUUUAACGACUGGACCUGUGUUUAGAAAUUGGGCCAUGGGAUUGUGUAUAUUUCCCCCUGCCCACCUGCAGCUGGCACUGGUGUCGUGUUUUGACUACCAACUAGGUGUAAAUGGAAUUGGAUGCUCUCUUCAACUGUGAGCAUAAUGUUUUCAUUUUAGCUUGAGUUGGCAGCCCUCAAAACACAUGUCUGGCUAGGAGCAAUUUGUAUGUCCACAGAGAGUGUGAAUGUGAUUCCGUAACUCAUUCCUGAACAAGGUCUUGGGUAGGCCUUUUGAGUCACUGUGGUGUCAAUACAUUGUCACAGUAUUUAUGCAUAAGAACUGAUAAUAGUGUUGCCAUGCUGUGCGGCUUCUUAGGGCAAUACUACAUGUUCCAAAGAAUACAGGGCUGCCACCAGAAAUGGUAGCCUCACACUGAGUGACUCCUGCCACCUCCAUAACGUCUAGUCUUCAACUGGUUCAUACCCAGGACUUAUCUUUAGCCCCAGCCAGCAAAAUGGGGGUCUUUUUUGUUGUUUUACCCUUCUUCUGUUCUAUCUCUUAUCUUCCAAGCUUUCUUUCUUUCUCCCUCUUUUUUUUUUUAAAAAGCAAAACUUAAGACAAGCUAAGCCGCAGUGGUGGCGGCACUUCCGACAUUGCUAACCUUUGGUCCACAAUCCCCCAUUUGAAGACCAGACUGGGCUAGCUCAGCACAACCUUUGUUCUGAUGCCACUGUGCCUUUUCCUACCCCUGUUUUAACAGCAUUGGCUGAUGCUGGCAAGGGCAGGAAAUGCCUUUUGCAAGGGGCAUCAGGGCAAGUGAUGCUUCUUGAACUCCCUGGGUGAGUUGUGUGGGAGAAUUCAACAUGGGCAUUCCUCUAGUGGCAGCCUUGUGUUGUUUGUAAUGUGUAGUUCUAACCUUACCAUCUUUUGCAUGCUAAACUUAAAGGCUGCAGCUCACAUACUGCCUGGUCAGAAAUAAUGGUAGGCUUUCUAAAAUCGGAGGUGCUGAGCAGACUCAGAGUAAAAACGAACCACUGCCCUUAAGUCAGCAUUGUUCAUGCACCUCUUAGCUACACAGUGUUUAAAUUUGCAAAUUAUAAUUUGGUUGUAUACAUUAACCAACGUAAAUCCAAAUACAGUACGCAAGGAACAGUGAGCAGGAGCAUACAGAAUAUUUCUCACCAAACGUGCCUGCCAACACAUAACAAAAAAGCAAUCUUUAGCGAUAUUCAGUGAAUUUACACCAUAGGAAGUGGUUUGGGGUAUUGUAGCCAAUUUCCUUCUGCAGUGUGCUGCUUCCAGACGUGCACCCAAAAAGUAAAUUAUAGAAUGAUUGACAACUUGAUGACACUUUUGCAAACAGUGCAACAUUAACCUUAACUUACCAGGCAGAGCCCAUCAUGAAAGUGCUGACGGUUCUGCAGACUUUAUUCUGUAAGCAACACAAUAUAGGAAAUGUUACAUAUUUUAAACUAAACUUGGCUGUUCUUAUUCUGAUUAGAAGUUAACAAAAUUGCAGGGUGUUGUCAGCAUUACAAAAGAACAGCCUGCAAAAUUUGUAUUUUCAAGCUCUUUGGUUAUAUGUAGACUUGUUUUUUAAAAAGAUGUCUAGUUAUUAGCCAGUGUUCUUGUAAUGGGAAGCCACAUUUGAGCUUUUCCUCUUUGAUAGGGAAAAUUCUGAAUUUGCAUUUUUAAGGCAAUUACUAGCCCAGUAGAAGCACCCAGUGGCUGAGUAAUGGUACCUCAGGGGCCUGUUGCAGAUGUAACACUGGCUUUUGGCAAACCGUGGCUUGCAAAUUGGGAGUUGAAUUUGUGAAAUAACAAUUCUGUCCUGUUCCCCAGAGAGUUACUCCCCGACCUGGCAUUCAGCAUCAGCCUUCAUUUUUAAGAUUCAAAUAUGCAGAUGCAAACCAUGGUUCCUUUUUAAACUAGAGAUUGUAACAUCUUUUAAGUAGGCUUCAUACUCUCGUAAGUGUUGGUCAUGGUUGACACCUGUGUUUAUAUAAUGACAGCAUAUUUAAUUCUGAGAAGGAGUGGGAGAGAACAAACUUUGGAUGGCUGACUCCCACCUUGCAGGCUGUGUUUUGUGCAGAGUCUGCAUUACGUCCGUCUGGGCCAGAAUGGCGAUAUAUGGCCCUGCUCUUUACAGCUUUAUGGUUAAAAGGUAUCUCCAUUUUUAAAAGAGUAUAAUGUGAAGAAGAAAAAAAAAAUCAGGCCGGAAGCCUUCUUCGGCUGCAGAUUUCCUCUCUUACCUUUUCUGGUUUACAGCUGUUCUGAACCUAAGCCCUCAGGUUACACGAUGCAGGUACAGUAGGCUCUUUAACUGUAUUAGGGUUGGGCCAUGUUGUAUUUACUUUUGAGCAACUUACGCUUAGAUGAAUGAAUCACGUUCGUUAACAUUUUUUCUAAUGUUUUAAUUUUGUCCUUGUUAAGAGGUUAAGCACCUUAUUAGAACAAGUUUUAAAAUCUUGUUUUAAAUAAUUUUGUAACUUUGAAAGUAAUGGUUGCUGUAGUGAUGUCUUUCACAUAUGUGAAGAUAAACAAUAAAAUCAUUUAUUUACAAGUUAUGGCUCUAAUUAAUUUCUGGUAAUUUUCUUAAUCAGCAUAGAUAUGUUCUACAAUCGUUCAAAUGUUUGCUUGAUGUUAAUAAAUUGGGUUCCAUCUGUAUGAAUAACUGGAUCAAUGGUAGAAGUGGGUAACAUCUGAAUGAAAUGGUUUCGCACCAGCAAGCCCUUUACGUGGUAUUUCCAGCAUAACACGGAGUGUGACUUUUUAGUAUCUAGAGCAUGAGUGGACAACUUAAAGGCUUAAUAUCAGGUGCAAAUCCACCCCAUCCUACCUUGGAUCCCUAAUGCCAAAUGCAGUGCUAAUCUUACUGUGCUUGCGUUAUUUGCCAUAUUUGGUUUGUGCCCACACAACGGACUGUUUCAUGGGUAUCUGUUGUGGAAGGGAGAGGUGUGUGGCUUGAGGAGACCAGCCACAGUGGCUCAUUUUAGAAGUUGUCCACUCCUGAUCUGUUACUUUGAAUGGUUGGCGGAGCCAUUGGAGAAGAAAGCUAGCCAUCAGCACCCCAGAUGCAUUUCUUGCAUAUGAAGUUGGGAAACAGGAGAACACUUCCAGAUUGUAACUGUGGAUUUUGUUGUACGGUGAUUAGUUUUGUGUAUUCAUGUUCAUAUGUAUGUAUUUAUUACCAGAAGUGAUAAUAUGCUCCUGACUUUCUCCAGUGGUUUAAUGAAAGACUUUACUAGUCGAGUAAAGGUCUUGCAUAGUAAAUAGAACAUUUUACAUGAUGUGGGGAAGUAGUUUCCUAGCUAUCAACCUAAAAUGCCAACAUCUGUAAACAUAGUCUGUUUCUACACAAAGAUCUGUUACACGUAUCGGACAAAAAUGCUGUGCAAGAAAACACAUUUUAGAAAUUACAGUAUGCUUUGACCAUUUCAGUUUGACUGGCCAUGCAACUCUUAUGGUUUUCUUUUUCUUUUGCAGCUGUCAAUUUUAUUAACAGUAUUGUCACUUGUGAUUUCCUAAUGCAAAGGCAUGUGGUGGCAUCCAGAUCACCGUAUUUUAAAAAAGAAAGAACAGCAAAAAAAGUUUAAUUAUUGUUAAUUUUAAAUAUUAAAGGGGCACUGCCAACCUCUUCAUGUCUUGUAUUCAAACUGAACUAAAUUGGUGGGGUAGCAUGAACAACAAUCCCUCAUAUAAAUUUAAGAUUUUGGGUUUGACAGACUUGAAGGUGACUAUGGGUUUCCUUUGGAUAUUUAUAAUACCCUAAAGCUUUAUUAAUAAAGUCCUUUAGUUAAGAACUGUUGGGGAGGUUCUAUAAUUAACUGUCCAUAGAAACAUGGCAAAAUUUGUUUUUGUUUUCAAAUUGUGGUUAGUAAGUUGGUUGGAAGAACUGCCAUUUCCUGCUUAUGAGAACUGAAGAGUUUUUUAAGGCCUCACAUCCUGAUCCAUGUGCCAUAAGCUGCAGAUGUAGCCUUUUUGUGCAUGGAGGUGUCCUCCUUUCCUUUCUGUGCAGAAUGAGCCAUCUGCACUUGCAAAGCAAUGCAUGUGUGGAUCAGUCUUCUGCCACAAUUGAUGGGAAAUCUGAACAUGGGAGCUGCAAAGGCACAUCAAAGCCCCUGCAUCCUGGAGCAAAUCACUGGAUUGGGAUGAUGGUCUGUGGCUGAGUCCCUUUUUAACUUGCUUAGAUUUUUAAUGUUUGCUUAAAAGAAAAACUUCUCUGAAAAUGUGAUAUUGUUUUGCUAAAGUUACUAUAAAAAAUCAAAGUAGAAUGCAAGAGCUGCAAUGAAGAAACUGCAAUAAAAGUAUCAAUUUCUUAUUAUUUAUUCAGGAGAUAUCACCUAAGCCUCAAAGUCA